CGCUGUUUAUUGUCGCGCGCAAGUGCCCAAAUGAAUCACUUUGUGAUGCACUUUGAAGAAGAUGGGAAAUGAUUUCGAUGAAAUAGAGAAAAUUGAGGGUGCUGUUUUGAAGUUAAGAAGGCAAAGUGAUGACAUGUUCGGCGACCUACAAAAGGCCAAGCAGGAGGAGUUGUCGUGUCAGAGAUGUAAAGAACGAUUGUUGAAGGAGAAAGAACUCAAAGCAGUUUCCAUUCAGACGAGAUUGGCUGCAGUCGAAGAUGUCAUUGCGACAUUACCAACCUCCUCAAGAAAAUUGUUUAACCAGUUGUACUCCCAAGUCGAUGAGAUCUACCAGUUAGAGCUACUGCUGCUCGAGUUGAAGCAGCGACUGAUGGUUGCCAAGGCAACCAGAGAGGAGGAAAGAAUUCUAAAUGCUCUCAGAAAAGGUUCAUGUGAAAGGAAAAGGAGGAGCACAGACAGCAACGAUGACCAUGCGUGUAUACUGAGUGAAUGGUUUCAGCAAAUUUCCUGUGUGAAAAAUGGCAGUGACCCAGACACAAAUCUGACGAUGACAUCAAAGGAUGGAAGCUGCAUAGAGAAAGACCGUGUAUUCUACUGGGCAAAGUAUGAGAUGUCGCCAAACAGUGUUGGCAGUCGUACUUUACGCUUUUCCACAAGGCAUUGUGGGAUAUGCCUGCGACUAUGUAUAGCAGCACCAAUACGACUCAGUGAAGGCUCUCCUGGAUGCAGUCCAGAUGACUUCUCGGUGACCUCCGACCUACCUCUAGAGGGCCUUCAGCUUGGGCUGCAGCGUAGCAUUCAGGAUGGGCAAAUGGCCCAUGAGUUUGUCAUCAGGACAGUCUGGAGACUCAUAGAGCAGCAAAUGGUAUCUCUCACAUUUAACUAAUUUAAGACCUAGUACU